AUGAACCUGCAUCCCCGAACCUACAGAGCUCGUCGCGUUCGCGACCCCAGCCCGUCGCCUUCGCUCCGCCCGUCGCCUUCACUUCCCCCCCGUCGCCUUCACUUCUUCCCCGUCACCUUCCCUCCCCCCCCUCCCCCCCCUCUUCCCCCGCCUUCAUUUCCCCUUCCCGUCGCCUUCACUUCCUCCUCCCUUUGCCUUCACUUCCUCCUCCCUUUGCCUUCACUUCCUCCUCCCUUCGCCUUCACUUCCUCCUCCCUUCGCCUUCACUUCCUCCUCCCUUUGCCUUCACUUCCUCCUUCCUUCGCCUUCACUCCCCCCUCCCGUCGCCUUCAAUCCCCCUCCCGUCGCCUUCAUUUCCCCCUCCCGUCGCCUUCAUUUCCCCCUCCCGUCGCCUUCAUUUCCCCAUUCACGCUCUCUUUCCCUCCCUUCCGCCCGCUGCCCCCCUUCGUCUCGUCGCCCUCCCUGCCGCUCGUCACACUCGCUCCCGCUCGUCCCCUCGCAAUCCCCGUCUCUCUCUCCCCCCGUCGCCCUCGGUUUCCCCGUCGCCCUCCCUUCCUCUCGUCGUUGCCCUCGCCAUCCCUCCCUUCUCCCUUCCCAUCUCGCACACUUGUCACUCCCCCUUUCCAACCCACACAUACACCCUUCCCUUCUUCCCUGUUCCCCCCCAUCUCCAUCCCUGUUCCCCCCCAUCUCCAUCCCUGUUCCCCCCCAUCUCCAUCCCUGUUCCCCCCCAUCUCCAUCCCUGUUCCCCCCCAUCUCCAUCCCUGUUCCCCCCCAUCUCCACCCCUGUUCCCCCCCAUCUCCACCCCUGUUCCCCCCCAUCUCCAUCCCUGUUCCCCCCCAUCUCCAUCCCUGUUCCCCCCCAUCUCCAUCCCUGUUCCCCCCCAUCUCCAUCCCUGUUCCCCCCCAUCUCCAUCCCUGUUCCCCCCCAUCUCCAUCCCUGUUCCCCCCCAUCUCCAUCCCUGUUCCCCCCCAUCUCCAUCCCUGUUCCCCCCCAUCUCCAUCCCUGUUCCCCCCCAUCUCCAUCCCUGUUCCCCCCCAUCUCCAUCCCUGUUCCCCCCCAUCUCCAUCCCUGUUCCCCCCCAUCUCCAUCCCUGUUCCCCCCCAUCUCCAUCCCUGUUCCCCCCCAUCUCCAUCCCUGUUCCCCCCAUCUCCAUCCCUGUUCCCCCCCAUCUCCAUCCCUGUUCCCCCCCAUCUCCAUCCCUGUUCCCCCCUAUCUCCGUCCCUGUUCCCCCCCAUCUCCGUCCCUGUUCCCCCCCAUCUCCAUCCCUGUUCCCCCCCAUCUCCAUCCCUGUUCCCCCCCAUCUCCAUCCCUGUUCCCCCCCAUCUCCAUCCCUGUUCCCCCCCAUCUCCAUCCCUGUUCCCCCCCAUCUCCAUCCCUGUUCCCCCCCAUCUCCGUCCCUGUUCCCCCCCAUCUCCAUCCCUGUUCCCCCCCAUCUCCAUCCCUGUUCCCCCCCAUCUCCAUCCCUGUUCCCCCCCAUCUCCAUCCCUGUUCCCCCCCAUCUCCAUCCCUGUUCCCCCCCAUCUCCAUCCCUGUUCCCCCCCAUCUCCAUCCCUGUUCCCCCCCAUCUCCAUCCCUGUUCCCCCCCAUCUCCAUCCCUGUUCCCCCCCAUCUCCAUCCCUGUUCCCCCCCAUCUCCAUCCCUGUUCCCCUUCCCUGCUCCCCCCCGUCCCCUUCCCUCCUUCUCCCCGUCCCCUUCCCUUCCUCCCCCCAUCCCCUUCCCUGCUUCCCCCCUUCCCCUUCCCUGCUUCCCCCCGUCCCCUUCCCUCCUUCCCCCCGUCCCCUUUCCUGCCUCCCCCCAUCCCCUUCCCUGCUUCCCCUUCAUCCCCUUCCCUGCUUCCCCCAUUCCCCUUCCCUGCUUCCCCCCGUCCCCUUCCCUCCUUCCCCCCGUCCCCCUCCCAGCAUCCCCCCAUCCCCUUCCCUAAACCCCCCCAUCCCCUUCCCUGCUUCCCCCCAUCCCCUUCCCUGCUUUCCCCCAUCCCCUUCCCUGCUUCCCCCCAUCCCCUUCCCUGCUCACCCUUGCUCCCUCUGUUUCACCCUUGCUCCCUCUGA